UGAUUCCACAUUCGAAUUUCGAACGCUCGCGGAACUUUAACCGACAUUCGAAUAGCGUCAAGUUCGAAAUUUAAAAAGUUUUACCGGUCCUUUUAGAUCUUCUCGUAGUGUUUUUGAAAUGACUAUAAAAAUGGGUUUACGGUGUUUUCUGGUGUUAGUGUUUAUGAUUCAUUUCGGUUGUGCACUGGAGUGCCACAACGUUUUUAGCGUAGAAAAAACAACUUGCGAUGAGUGUAUCAGAUGUGGUGGGAUAUGGUGUUCGGAUCCUAAAGAGGAUAAAAAAUGCAAAAACCCGUUAAAUGCAUUAGGAGACGAGUGGUGUCCGGGCCACAAGGAAAAAGCUCACGUUGAAACCAUUGCUCGAGACGGCCUGAUGUUCAGCCCGGAGUACCUGGAACAGGUGGCUGAAAUUAACUCGGCGAAGGUCACGCCUCUGAAGAUUAACGGAUACCGCCCAGUGAAGGGGAUUCAGCAAAAGCCGCGUUACAAUGUUUACAACACGACGCAACCGUCUGGAAAAUCGAGCGUUUUUGUAAAAUUAGAUAUGAUUAACAAUAAACUACGAGUUAUUACAACGGUGAAAGAGGGAUUUUGCUCACAGAGCUCGCCAAAGUUUGAGUAUGUUUUUGUGGAAGUGGGUAUGGAGGGUGUUGAACAGAAGGCUGUGCUGAAGUACGUGGUGCCGUGCGGCUGCGGGUGCUCGGGGGCAGUGGUGCCGGCGGACCAGGAGUACUGCCACGGGUAUGGCAACUUGACCUGCGGCGCGUGCCAGUGCAAUGACGACAGGAAAGGGAAGUUUUGUGAGAAGAAAAACUGCCAAGACCGCGGAGAUGUAUCAACGUCGUGCAUAGGUUCUUCAAACACCAAGGACCAGUGCUCAGGCAACGGCGUUUGUGACGAGUGCAACAAAUGUCAGUGUUACGACGAACCCACAAUACAAGGGUCACAAUAUUUCGACCCAGACAAUGACUGCAAAGAUCUCUGCACGACAAUCAACUACUCUGAGUGCCACGUUGACUGUCUAAUAAGCAAUACAGAAGGACCUUGCGAAGCUUGCGGUGGCCAUGAUUUCAUCCAGAGGUGGAAUGAGACUCUGCUGGAUCAGAGGGAUGAAUCUGAUAGAAAGUUGUGGGUAAACUGUAGCGUGAAUUCCGAGGGCAGAAUACUAGUAUAUUGGGCCAUGAAGAUUAACACAUUUAUCUACAUGAUGCGGAAUGACCAGGCAGACUCUGGCGCACUCGUCAAGACUGCUGGUGGAAAUGUGACGAUCCCAGUGGUGAUCGGCGUAAUAGCCGCGAUAGCGGCAGCCGUAGCCGCCGCGGUCGGCUAUGUCAUGUGGAAGGGCCAGGGGGCGCUGCCGGCGGCCGGCUCCAACUACGCCAACAUCGAGCCCGAAGACAGUGUUGGCGUCAACCCCUUAUACAAGCCCCCAACGUCGUCGUUCAAGAACCCCAUGUAUGCUGCGAAGUCUUAAGGGUGUUACCUGCUUGAAUCAUCGACCGAGGGGCCCGAGGUUCCGGAUCUGAGCAUCGCUAACGGUUACUCCUUGGCUUUGCAACAAACGAAGAUCUCGUAAGUUCAGCGUCUGGAUUUGACCCUCAUAGCAAUUCCACUGCCUGUGAUCGACGCUAUAAUAAAACAAAUGAACUCGUCCGGUGUUCGUGUCACAAAUGUGCUCAUAUUUAGUGUUAUGUUAAUAUAGGUAAUAUUACGAGCGUGUAAAGUGCACUGUUACAGGUGAAGCAACUGUAUUGUUAUGUUUAGCGCUAGACCGUAGUGUAGUACUAAGUACGUGCUAUAUAUAUUUCUGUGAUAUUUUAAGUAAGAUGGUAUGAGUCACCAUAUUUGUGUUUCGAAGUUACGUAAAUACCCGA